AUGAGUGCGCUGUAUCUUCAAGUCAGUAUAGUGAGCAAGGCACUGAUCUUCGUAACCAGGUCACGCAGCUGGUCGUUUGUCGAACGCCCUGGUUGGCUCCUGAUGAUCGCUUUCGCCCUUGCCCAACUGGUCGCAACUGUGCUGGCAGUGUAUGCAAACUGGAGUUUCGCGAGGAUUAAGGGAAUAGGGUGGGGAUGGGCCGGCGUGGUGUGGCUAUACAGCAUUGUGUUCUAUUUCCCGCUGGACAUAAUGAAGUUCGCCAUCCGUUACAUCUUGAGUGGGAAGGCCUGGACCAACAUGCUAGAGAACAAGACGGCGUUCACGACGAAGAAGGAUUACGGAAAGGAAGAGAGGGAAGCGCAAUGGGCACUUGCUCAAAGAACACUUCACGGGCUUCAGCCGCCGCCAGAGAGCUCCGGCGGUAUCUUUAACGAUAAGAGCAGCUACCGAGAACUGACGGAGAUUGCAGAGCAGGCCAAGAGGAGAGCUGAGGUUGCCAGGCUUAGGGAGCUGCUGACGCUGAAGGGACACGUGGAGUCGGUUGUUAAGCUUAAGGGGUUGGAUAUUGACACCAUCCAACAGCAUUACACCGUGUAA